UUGAUACGAGCAACCGUCCCACACUGAAUCUCUGAAUAUCACUUCAUGGUAAACUGUGUCCUGAAAGGUCCGGCAUUCUUCAGAUUAACAGAUGUUAAUAAACAGACAACACUGAAGUCUGAUCUGACGUUGGCGCUUUCUGGCAGCAUGUGGUUUGUCCAACAUGAACCAGACGUAAAGAUAUGCCUACACGAGCAGACAGCCCACACUGAUUCCCUGAUAUUGAGGUCAGACGAGGUAUUUCAUGGCAGGAUGUCGUUGCCUUGCAUUCACCAGAAAUAUAGAUAUAUGGCUAGAUAUACCUAUACGACCCGCACUGUAUCCAAGAUAUUGAGAUCACCAGAGGCAUGUCCUGGCAGGAUGUUGUUCUAUGCUGCCCAGCAUUCACAAGAAAUGCAGAUAGAUGGCUAGAUAAGACAAUAUUAGCAGACGUUCAAUACUAAAUACAUGAUCUGGUUGUCAUCCGUACGUUAUGCCGUUAGAGCCAUCGCCUGUGAAUGUGUUGAUUUGAACGCGAUACUACAGCUAUUCUU